AAGCUUUUAAUUUUCAACUCUCAGUGUAUACAGGUCGCCCGUGCAUGAAUUGCGAUUCACGAAUUCUGUUAGUUUGUGAAGAAGUUUGAACAUCCAGGGCUCUCCACCCCUGGAGUACGCAAAGCCGUCUCCCUAGAGUUUGCGGCCUAGUAUAAAAAUAGGACCGAAUAGCCAAUAAGUCACUGAUAUAGCGUAUUUACAUACGUCAUGUACUCCUUCAUUCUUCUCAUCGCUUUGUUCACUGUCUUGGGCAGCGGGUACGAUAUCAGGAAAUUGAGUGUGGAAGCCCCCGAGCAGUCGUAUGACGGGAGCAUCGACCAGGGCCAGAAUACUGAUACUGGUGGACUGGUGUGGGACUCGGGUCGGCCAUACUACGGCAAACCCACGGAUUGCACUUGGUCCGGAGGAAGAAUGGUCGGGAGCUGUGAUUGCCCGAACCAACAGAGCAAAUUCGUCAUCAGCACCCCUGACCCUGAAAUAGGCUACGCGAUCUGCGCUGCGGAAUGCACAACAGCCUCGGAUUGUCCCCCGGCUCCUCAUACUGCCAGUGUUUCUGUCAAGUGUAUUUUGGGUCGCUGCCUUCUGGACUGCUCUGGCACGUUCGAGUACUGCCUGGAUGAGGAUUUUUCCUUUUGUGUGGACUACCAAAUGGCAUGGAAAGAAGGCACCAUGUGCCAAUGGAGACUUCCAAGGACUUAUCAAUGAUUAGUUGUCAUCAGGCUGAUCAGACUCUCUAUCACGGAUCGUAUAUCUUCACUUGCCAUCGGAUUACUCAGGAUGCGCAGUGAUAAUUUUCAUGGAAGUUUAAUCAACUUAGUUGAUUCACUUUCAUAAUGGUUUAUUCUUUUUCGUCUU